CCCUUCACUUCUUCAGGACUCUCACAAAAACACUCCUCAAAAACCAGAGUAAAGUAAGAGAGAGUCCACAAACAAAUGAAGCAAUCAUCAAUGGCAUCAUCUUCAUUAGAAGACACAAGUAAAACCACAAAACUCGAACGAUACAACAGCUAUCUCCGUCGUGUAAAUCAUACGAAACUAUUAGCAGCUUCAUCUAAACUUCUUUUCAGGGUAACACUUCUUGUUGCGUUGAUUCUUAUCUUCUUUUUCACUCUAAAUUACCCACCACUAUCUUCUUCUGAUAAUAAUUAUACCCAUCAUGCCCCUCUUCACCAUACAAAUUUCUUAUCAUCAAGUUUCUACACCAGUGGUGGUGGUGCUGCGUGGGAGAAACAAGUUCGUCAUUCCGCCACGCCUCGUCGGCCUAAUGGGUUUUCGAUCUUGGUCACCGGAGCUGCUGGUUUUGUUGGUACUCAUUGUGCACUUGCUUUGAAAAAGAGAGGUGAUGGUGUCUUAGGAUUGGAUAAUUUCAAUUCUUAUUAUGAUCCGACUCUGAAGAGAGCUCGUCAGGCUAUGUUGUUUAAACAUCAGGUUUUUAUCGUGGAAGCCGAUUUGAAUGAUGCUGAUUUGCUUACUAAAUUGUUCGAUAUCGUUCCGUUUACUCAUAUUCUUCAUUUAGCUGCACAAGCCGGUGUCAGAUACGCAAUGGAAAAUCCGCAAUCGUAUGUGCAUUCCAAUAUUGCCGGAUACAUAAAUCUAUUGGAAGUUGCGAAAAAUGCGAAUCCACAACCAGCGAUCGUCUGGGCGUCGUCGAGCUCAGUUUACGGAUUGAAUACUGAAAACCCAUUUUCUGAAUCUCACAGAACAGAUCAACCUGCAUCACUGUACGCUGCAACUAAGAAAGCCGGUGAAGAAAUUGCACAUACUUAUAAUCAUAUCUACGGUCUUUCGCUCACCGGGUUGCGUUUCUUCACUGUCUACGGUCCAUGGGGUAGACCGGACAUGGCUUAUUUCUUCUUCACCAAAGAUAUUCUACAGGGAAAGCCAAUCAACAUUUACAAGACCCAUGAUGAAAAAGACGUCGCCCGUGACUUCACGUACAUCGACGAUGUGGUUAAAGGUUGUCUAGGAGCAUUGGAUACAGCUGAAAAGAGUACAGGAAGUGGUGGUAAGAAGAAAGGUCCUGCACAGCUAAGGGUAUACAAUUUGGGCAAUACAUCGCCGGUAUCAGUAGCUAAAUUGGUGUCGAUUCUUGAAGGAUUGCUGAAUGUUAAAGCCAAGAAACAUGUGAUCAAGAUGCCAAGAAAUGGUGAUGUUCCUUAUACUCAUGCUAAUGUGAGCUUAGCUUAUCAUGAUUUUGGGUAUAAACCUACUACUGAUUUAUCAGCUGGUUUGAGGAAAUUUGUCAAAUGGUAUGUUGGUUAUUUUGGUAUUGAAUCGAGGGUAAAGAAGGGAAGUCUUGAUGACUAGUUUUUAAUCAUCAAUUAUCAAAAUUCAUCAUAUAUAUAUACUUAAACAAAAAAAAAAAAAACCCUAAGUGGGUUCCUUUUCUUCUUCUUUUUCUCUUUUUUUUUAAUGUUUUUAUUUGUUAUCAUUAGUUUGGUUACACUUUUUUCUUUUGUUAUUAAAAGUCUCAAUUAUCUGUUCUGGCUUCUUUCCCGCUAUUAUGUUAGAUUACUGGAGCGAGCCAGAGUCCGGAUCGGGUACUGUCAAGUGGGGUUGUUGUCUGUCUGUAACUCAGGUCGUUACGGUUUAUUUGGUAUCAUGUAAUUUGUAAGUGUAAAAUCAUACUAGAAGAAAUAGAAACAGAAACCAAAUACAAAAUAAUUCAGAUAGAGGGUGUAAGAAAAUGUAGAUCUAUCUUUGUUGUAAUAAUGUUGUUUCUCACUGUAUGUACCUUCGAAUCUGCGAAAAAUGGAUGCCGAUCGAACCGUUGGAUCGAUGUUGAAUUAUUGAAAUGGAAAAGUCAAAAACAAACCAGAAAAAUAUUGAAGAAAUGAUAUCUUGAUUC